GUUCACAUCGUUCACAUGUCGCUGGUUGUGUAUUUUUCGUCGGAAAGCGCGAAAAUUAAUUUUCCUAUCUGAAUUGUUUAUGUGAUCCGGACAAUGCUCGCUCGAAGCAAAUCGGCUCCUAGAGGGCCAUUUUUCCUCUUCAUGUUGGAGUUCCGUCGACGGGAAGAAAGUAAAGGCAAGAGUUUCCCCGGCGGAAUGGAUCAAUUAGUGCACGAAGCCCGGUCAUCGUGGAAACUUCUGAGUGAAGCCGAAAGGCUAGUGUACAAGGAUCAGUCCCUGGCGUACAGGAAUCAACAAAAGCAGAACACGAAUCAAAAGGGCGUUCCGCUUUCGAUGGUCGAAAUAAAGCAGCGGAAGCGAACAAAGCAGCAGAAAACGAUUGAUAAAGCAAUUUCCGAAAUGAUUCAGAGAGGCAUGCGUAAAAAUGUGCUGGAAAAGUUAGAGAUGUUCUUCAUUUCGGUCAAUCAUUUUUGUAAGACUCAUACAUCUGAUUACGUACCGGCCGAGAUGGCAAUCAUCAGGUACAGUUUGGAAAAUGGAAUACUUGGCAAGUUCCACGAAUUGAUAAAUCCCGCCAAGUUGCCGUUGGGACUGACUUAUGAAGCGAGCGAGUACAGCGAAGAAACUCAUGCGCUGCCAAUUCCACCAAAUGCGUUGGGUGAAACCGACUUCGGAGCCGUACUACAGAAGGUUCUGGCUUUUACCGGUUACAACAAGCCGCACAAACUGUUUCCUCUCCUCACCGAUGCCAAGGAAGUUGCGGUGGUCGAAAGUGUUCUGACUCAGCUCAACAAAGAAUCGAAGACCAAUUAUCAGUUUUUGGUAAUUUCCCUGGGAGAAUUCUUCUACCACCUGAAGCGUGGCACGGAAAAGUACGGUCUGGAUAUUUGCAUCUUUCCGGAUAAAACCAUAGCGGAAAUAUUGCUGAAGAAUGAUGUGUACGAAUAUACCAGUGGGAUUGCUUGCGAUUUCCAUGAGAAUCUAGGAAAUCCAAAGUGCUGUGCACUGUCGAAGGUUAGCCGUUGGACGUACAUCAUUUCGAAUAACUGCUGCCCGGAUCUGAGUAUUGAUCUGAUCGCCGGAAGUCACAUGCCAUUGAACACGGAAGCAUCCCAUUUGUACGAAUCAACACCGUCCAAUACCAUGCUGAGGCAAGUCGGUGAAAUGUCUCUCGUUUCUUCUUCGGCGCAGUCCCAUUUUACACUACCACAGAUCCAAAGGCGCCACGCAAAGAGCCCAUCUCGUAGUUGUGCAGGAACCAGCAAGGAUGUGAAGAUGGAUACUGCCGAAACAGGUGUUGCUACUAUGAAUUCAUUCUACAUGGUUGAAAGCGUUUACGGUUCAAGUUUCCCAAUGAAGGGUACUGGAAAACAAACGAAACUGAUACCGGUGCGCCAGUCAAGUUCGGGACGAGGUCGCGGAAUAUUGCUGGCUAAUAAUUUGAACGAACCCUCAUCGAUUGGGUUCUACGUCAAGGGAACAGGAAAAGGUCGCGGUGAAUGGUUGGCUGAUAAUUCUAUUAGCUCAGUAUUGCAAGGAGCUGGUCGAGGGCAGAGCCUUUUGAUCGGUUCCACUUCUAUUGGAAUUGAUCCUACGUACUGCCAAUUGGAUUCCAUGGACAUGGCAAGAGGUCGCGGAUCAGCGCGCAGACAGUCUUCUGUUGGGAAGACUUCCUCAUACCGCCAGCCAUACAGUUCGGAUGGCAAGAGAGUAGUGAAAGGUCCUGGAGAUUCGCAGACUGGUAACUCUAAUGGGAAGAAUUCUUUGGUCCGUCAAUUGAAUAACACUGGAAUAGCAAAAGGUCGCGGAGAAUUGUUGGCCGAUUCUUCUUUCAGCUCAAUGUUGCAAGGAGCAAGUUGGCGAAAGGGCAUUUUUGCCGAGCAUUCUUCAUAAAGAAAUAUUUAAGUCCCUUCCAUUGCUUCAGGCAUUGGCUUACUGAUAGUCACGUUAAGGAUUAUAUAACUAUACUGUUGAUUUAGUUGUUUCGAUUACAACUUUCGAACCUAUUCUACUUUAUGACUUACUUCAAACGUGAAUUAUUGGUGAUUUGUUUUGUGACAUUCGUAUUUUGAUUUUUCUUUUUAAUUUUUUUUUUGUAUACUUUUUUUGAUUCGCAGUGUGUUCUGGCUGCGAAAAACUCAAGAAUUCACUUUUUUAUUCUUUGAUUCACCGGAACAAUACAAAACAUUCUUUAUA